AAUGCAUAUUGCUGACUCCUCAAUUUUCGAUACUCUGGCCAGCGUAUAAAUACCGGCCAGCCAUAACGAUGAGGUACCAGUGUCAGUUGAACUACCAAGUAUCAACAUGAAGUCUUCUUUGGUUAUUGCAUCUGUCCUCUUGGCCGGCGUGGCUCUGGGAGUUAAUGCCUACAGAAUCAACAACAACAACAACAACAACAACCAGGAUGAAAUCCACAACCAGUGGUUCCGUUUCCAACAAACAGACUCCAGUGAUGAAUCGUUGAAUCUGGGCACGAUGCUUUUCGAACAGAAAACCGAUGAUUCCAAAAUCAAUAACAACAAUGACCAAUUAAACAAGCGCAUCAUGAACAACGACGACAGCUCCGAAUCAACAUUCAGCAACCAUAAGUUCCAGAACCACCAACACGACGAGACCCAUUUCAGUUCAAACGAAAACUUAACCCAACGACAACGUCAACAACAACAACAACAGCAGCAGCCACAACAACAACAGUAUUUAAGCCAAAACCGGGCUACUAGUGGUCAAUCUUCCAACGGACUCACCAAGAAAAUCACCGACAAAAUCGCCGCUAUCCAUCAAAUCGCCCGUAACAUCAAAAACUUCAACGGAGCGUUGGACGUUGCCCGAGAUUCCGUCAAGUUGUCCGCAAACAAUUUCGUGACGUUCUACAACUCAACCAUGAACAACCUCAACAGCGGUGAAUUGAAAUACAUGUACUUGAACCCCGAAACAGACACUGUGGUCGCCCAGUGCCAUUUCAACCACUUAGAAACCGUCGGAUCGUUCAAAUCUGACGUCCAAGACGCCCGAUCGGGUUACUAUACAAUUAUCAUGAACAACGUGAACAGUAACUUGUCCACCGGAUUCUAUGACGACAGACACUCCGUGGUCAGGCCAGCAAAAUUCCAAUACGCCGACGCCAACAUCAAGACCCAAGACGGUUCCACAACUCAAGCAUUCGACUCAGCUCUGAAAAGAUUUUUGGGAGUGUUAGCCACCGCUGUGUCCAAGGAAGUGAAGAUGUACACCAGAAAUACCGUACUCGUCCAGAUUAAAAACGAAAUCGUCAAACCAAUCGUUUUACAGAACACAGAAAACAACAAGUUAUUCGACUUGAUGUGGCAGGAAGGCAACGUCGCCAUGGAAAUGCCCAACAUCGGUUACCAGAACUUACAACUAGACUCCGCCACUGAACAAUUGUUCAAGUCGAUGACUUUCCAGAGUAAAUCGCAAAACUCUUACACAACGUCUUAUGACUUCGCUCUUAACAACCUGGAAUGGACCUCCACUAUGACAGUCACUUCAGCUGGUAAGAGAACAGCCAUUCCUCUCACAAAAUUCAACGUUGAGAAAAUCGACAUCCAAGCCAACUUCAACAAAUUGUCCUUCGAUAAACAACAGUCAUGUGACGAUAUCACAGUCAACGUCAAUGUACGUGGUCUAAACUACGACUUGGACGACAACCUCCUGUCCGAAGUCGUGUCCGAAAUCGAUAACAAUCUCCAACGUUUCAUCCAACACAAUUUGGAAUCCAACAUCCAAACAGCUUUGAAACAAAUCUUUUGCAACAAUCAUUAUAACAAAUAUUAAUUUUACUCAUUUAAUGAUUUUAUAAAUGCUAAUUUCGUAUACAAAUUAUAGAUCA